AUGGAUAUGAGCCUCAACGAGAUCUCCGAAUGGACCGCUCAUGCCCAGACUCCAGUCCUCUUCAACUACCACGAACCUUACGAAGUGAAUUCCAGCUCCAUCAAGAGCGUCGACCUCAACCCCAUCAAGUCCACGAACCAGGCCGUUCAAAACCGCGAGCGGAUUCUUAUCCUCACCCCGCUGAGAGAUGCUUCAACACAUUUGAACAGAUAUUUCGACCUCAUCUAUAAGUUGACUUACCCCCACGAGCUGAUUGAUCUUGCUUUCCUUGUCGGUGACACCAAGGACGAUACCUUGUCAAACCUCGCCUCCGAAUUACAGCGGAUCCAAGAUCAGGGCGACAAGGUCGCUUUCCGUAGCGCCACCAUAAUUCAAAAAGACUUCGGCACCGACUUCGAGAUGUCCGUGGAGGAUAGACACUCAUUCGCUGCACAGGGACCUCGGCGCAAGGCUAUCGGCAGGGCCCGCAACUAUCUGCUUUAUUCCGCUCUGAAGCCUGACCACUCUUGGGUGUACUGGCGAGAUGUAGAUAUUGUGGACAGCCCGGAGACCAUCCUGGAGGAUUUUAUCGCUCACGACAAAGAUAUUCUCGUCCCGAACAUUUGGUUCCACCGGUACAGGGAUGGCGUCGAUAUUGAGGGCCGCUUUGACUACAACUCCUGGAUUGAAUCUGACAAAGGGCGAAGACUCCGUGCUACUUUGGACCCUGACACUGUUUUGGCGGAAGGCUACAAGGAGUACGACACCGGCCGCGAGUAUCUCGUUGGAAUGGGCGACUGGAGGAACGACAAGGAUAAAGAGGUCGAGCUCGACGGCAUUGGCGGUGUCAACAUUGUUGUCAAGGCCGACGUCCAUCGCUCAGGAAUCAACUUCCCGGCGUAUGCCUUCGAGAACCAGGCCGAAACGGAAGGAUUUGCGAAGAUGGCCAAGCGUGCUGGAUACCAGGUCAUCGGAUUGCCAAACUAUGUUGUCUGGCACAUCGAUACUGAUGAGAAGCCCGGCAAUCUCGGCGACCGCAAGGCGUACUAG